AUGAUAAUUUCAGAUUCCACUUACUGCGACUCUUUUGAAUCAACUGGAAGUGCUGGAAGUGCUGGUACAUUCGGUCCAGCACCAGGUCAACCCAGAAUUGCAUUAACGCCUGCUCAACUUGAUUGGAACAGCACUACUAUCCAGAUAGCUACGAUCCAUUUGUUGACUAGCAUUGGCAAAGAUUCCCAGCUGAUAGAUAUGAUGAACCGUUUGGAGAAGAAGGUUGACCAGAUGUCAAGUGGGCUCACUAAGGAUAUCAAAGGUGUUGAAGGAAGAAUCACUGCCCAUGCCACCAAAAUAGUGAGCAUGAAGGCUGAUAUCGAUGCUCACAACAACACAGUCCUCUCAGAAAUCAACGGAGUGCGGGAUGAAAUGCAGGGAAUGGAGAAGCGUCUCAGUGAAAGGCUUGAUGGUCUGACAAUAAUGGUAGCUAUAGCGAUGGCAGAUUGCUGUGCAUUAGAACAUGUAGAUAAGCUUUUCCAUCCCACAAACUUAGAGGUACCCUCACCUAUGCUAUACCUACCUUCCAGUAGCUUUUAUCUCAAUGAGUGGUUCGUGCAUGUGGUACUUUGCAUGAGUGAUGUGCUCGGCCUGGCUUCAGAGGGCUCGGGCUCAGUAAAAACUCAGGCCAGGCCCAACCAGAAGGCUUUGGUCUGGCCUAGGCUUGGCUUUGGCCUAGGCCAGGGCCUCUUAGGCAAUAGCAUGGGUAACCCAUGGGUCACCACAUACUGA